GAUGAAGCGAACCGCAUAUCACGUAUGAACUAAACCGAGUAGUAAGCCGUAAUAAAACAGACUAUGUUCCGAAAGACUGAAACUCUGGAAGACUUUGCAGAUUAGCAAGGCUCGAUUGGCACAACGCCGUAAGAUUCAAGAUAAUCUGAAACUGAAACCCAAAAAGCAUAAAAAAGAUACCCCAAAACCACAACGUUGCACGUGAUGGGUAAACUCCAAAAAUCAUCACAGAUCAGGUCAAGACAUUCAAGGUUAAAGAUAAGAAUACUAGCUGACGUCCCAGAUAUGUAUCAUUAACUGUUCGAAUGUUAAAUAUAGUCGAGUCACGAAAACAGUAUGAUAACCUCUGACCCCGUGAUAAAUGGGUACGAAUCGAGGAAUAUGGAUCAUUACGUUCACGAACUUCUUUCAGGUUGGUCGCAUAUUUCAACUACUUUAUAAAAAUGGAAAAGUCUGCAUUUGAAGAUCUGUUUAAAAGAGACCGAGAGACGGGAGAGACAAUCUUUCACGAGCUGGCGGAAUGUGGAGCGUUGAGGGUACUGGUACUGUACCGGAUUCACGAGCGGACCAGCGGAGCAUUCGUCAACUUAAUACAAAUCAAAAACUACCGUGGUGAGCUUUGCACUCACGUAGCUGCGAGAUGUCACAGCGGGAUUCGUGCCAUAAACCUUAUCGAAAUACUAGUACUGAUGGGCGCUGAUGUGAAUGAAAGGGAAUCAUGCGGAGGUGAGACCGUACUUCAUACAACCGUUUUCAAGAGAGAUUACGAGCUGGCAGAGUGGUUGUGCAAACAUCCACAAAUCAAUUUAGAUGCGAGAAAUUACGGUCGACUGACGGCCUUUCAAAUAUGA